AUGGCCGCUCACCAGCGCAAAAUUGAGCUGCAGUCCCCAGCAGACUUGACUUAUCUGUAUGCCAAUACAGUUGCGCUCUCACGCAAGAAACUCGACCUCUAUUUCCCCCCUUCCGCAACAAACGAUGAGACACCAGAUCCGAUGCGCGAACGCGUACGAGAAUUAGUGGAUGAUUACAUAAACCGCACAUUCACAACAGCCUCAUCAUCAAUCAGCAUAAACGGCAUCGAUUCCUCUCACCCGCAAUUUCCAUUCCCGGCAUCCUUCACCGCACCCGAGACAGUCGAAUACGAACCCUAUGACACCGAACUAGCAUCCCGCGUAACAGCCCUGUACGCACAGUUAGAGUCCCUCACAACGACAGUUGCACAGCAGAGACGUGAUGCGCCACGACAAGCGGCAAAAGACUACGCGGCGCAGUUGAUACAAGUACUGAAGGAGGACGAUAUCGAUGAGGAAGAUGAUGCUAUGGAUGUUGAUGGCCAGUCACAAUCUCGUACUCAUCCGGAUCCUUCGUGGGAAUUGCAGAUCCCGCUCGGUACGGAGGCGGAGGCGGAACGUUGGCGGAAUGGUGAUAUGGCGGAGGUUUAUGAGCGUGCUCUAAGAACCUUGCAGCGGCUUCAAGGUGAGGCCGAGGAUGAGGAGGGUUCUGAGGGUAAUGCAUUGGCUACGACUGUUGGGAAAGCUGAACGGGCCGGACGAGCUGCUGAUGUCGUGGAGAGUAUGUAA